UUUCACUGGUCGCUCAUUGCUCUCGAGGAAGAUGCAGAAGAAGACGAUCAUUAUCCUCGUCUCGCUGCUGGUCGCCGUCGCGGUCGCGGUCGUGCUCGCCGUGACGCUCUCGGGCGGCAAGACGACCGACGCCAAGGACGGCGCCGGCACGGACAAGAACGCGACGCCCGCGCCGGCGUCGACCCAAAAGAACGUGAGUGACAGCGACUUGCUUCCGCCGGCGUCCAACUCGCCGACGACGACGCCGGCGCCGUCGCCAAGCUCCAACCCAGAGACCGACCCGGCCGUCAUCACGAUGCUCGCUGUCGGCGACUGGGGCAGUACGACGGGCAAGGUCUCGUCGACGUCCGAGAAGGGCGAGGGCCCGCCGGGCUCGUGCUGCAAGCUGUACGCGGACAGCACGAUCGACACGUCGCGAAUUCGCUACAAGGUCGACUACUUCUCGCAGCUGUAUGUCGCCGACAUCAUGGCCAAGUCGGCCGGCGCGCUCAAGCCCAAGCCGUCGCGCGUCAUUGGUCACGGUGACAACAUUUAUUGGGACGGCGCUGGCCCGGACGACAUCAAGUACCGCAUGGAGGAGACGUUUGAGAAGGUGUACAACCAGCCGGAGCUCGCCGGUAUCAAAUGGGUCAACGUCGCGGGGAACCACGACAUUGGCGGCUCGGAGUACAUUUGCGGCGACAAGGACAACGCGUUCUUUGAGUGCAAGGACACGGCCCAGAUGCUCAAGUACCUCAACCUCAAGUUUUCGCUCCAGCAGAAUUACCAGAGCCCGAACGGCGACCGGUGGCUCAUGAAGGACCACUACUACGUCGAGAGUGUCGAGAAGGACGGCGUGACGGUCGAGAUUUACAAUCUCGACACCAACCACGCCGAGUCGCACGGUGCGAGCCAGGUCUGCUGCCAGUGCUUUGGCUACGCCAAGAAGUUCAAGGUCACCAACUCCAACACAGCCUGCAAGAACGUGAUUGGCGGCGACCAGCUCUGCGCCGGCGGCGACGUCGGCAUGUACAAGGCCUGCAUGGACACGAUUGAAAAGUGGGGCCAAGACUCGAUGGACGGCGCGAUGCGCGACAUGGCGGCUUCGAAGGCCGACUUCAAGAUCAUCAACACGCACUACUCGCCGCACUUUCACAUGGGCGAGCCGCGCAUGAUGCGCUGGUACAACGUGACCAAGACCAACCAGGUGCACGCGUGGUUCAACGGCCACACGCACGGCUUCAACCAUGACGUCGCCAAGUGGGGGACCCACUUUUUCGAAAACGGCGGUGGUGGUGGCAUUGUCACCGAGUCGUCGACGCAGGGCAGCAACAAGUUUCUCGACCCGAUCUGGGUGGCCGGCGGCAACCCGUACGGCUUUAUGGAGCUCAGCUUCUCGAAGGACUGGCUCAAGGUGCAGUUUGCGUCGUUUGACAAGUCGUGGAACUUUGGUGGCUUCAACCUCGCGGCAACGACCCGCGGCGGCGUCGCCAAGGGUCACUGUUGGUACAUCCCGCGCAUUCCUGGUACGCCCGGCAUCAAGUGCAAGGACUCGUUCGACGGGCCCAUCGGCGCCCCCAGCGUUUAGACGAUGAAUACCAUUUUGUUGCAUCUCUC